UUGGAAAUCUGCUCGUACAGUGGAUACAAGGUCUACCCAGGCCACGGAAAACGCGCUAUUAGAGGAGAUGGUCGUCAUUUCUACUUCCUUAGCUCGAAAUGCGAGCGGUCUCACUACCUCAAGCGGAAUCCGCGUGAAGUGAAUUGGACCGUCCUUUACAGACGAAAGUAUCGCAAGGGUGCAGUAGAGGAGCUCACUAAAAAACGCACGAAACGCGUAACGAAGACCGCGCGCGCUAUUGCUGGCGCUAGCUUGACAGAAAUCAUGGCCAAGCGAAACCAGAAGCCCGAAGUCCGAAAAGCUAUGCGCGAACAGGCUAUGAGGGCAAUAAAGGAGAAGCAGAAGGCAAAGGAGGCCGAGCGCAAGUCAAAGAAGGCCGAGCUGAAGAAGAAGCAGACUGUUCCAGUUCAGCAGAAACAGAAAGCUGCCAAGAAGGUGAACAAACCAGCCCCCAAAGGUGGCAAACGUUUCUAA